AUGACGCAGGUUGAAAACAGCGGGAUUGAAGAGGUACAGGAUCCCUUGGCCCAAUAUAGAGCUGGACUACAGGAUUACCCAGGUUUCAAAGGAUCUGAAAUCCGUGAUUUUCAAAGCUUGAAAGAACAUUAUUUUGUGGAAGAUGACAAGAAAAAGUUUGAUGUUCAAGCUACUGCUAAUAGGUUUAAAUAUUUACUCUCCUUGACACCACUAUUCAAACAUUUUCUAAAAGUUAAGGCUGCAAAGGAUGAAAAUUUUUCCAAGGUUUUAGAACUGAUUGAAAAGGAUGAUCCCGAUAAUAAACAAUCAAACGGACGUGGGACAGACCACAGAAGACGUAGAACUGAAAAGGAAGAAGAUGCAGAAUUGAUGAGAAGUGAGGAGACCGAAAUUGAUCCAAAAGUCCAAGUAUUGGAGCUUGAAGGUGAAUUCACUGAUUCUGGUUAUGAGUUCUCUAAGUCUCCUAAGUAUAUCAAUGGUUCACUGAGACCAUACCAAAUUCAGGGUCUAAAUUGGUUGGUCUCGUUGAACACCAAUGACCUUUCUGGUAUUUUAGCUGACGAGAUGGGAUUGGGUAAAACAUUGCAAACCAUUUCAUUUUUGGGGUACCUCAGAUAUGUUAAAAAUAUCAGGGGCCCCCACAUUGUUAUUGUACCAAAAUCCACAUUGGAAAAUUGGCAAAGAGAAUUUGCCAAAUGGACGCCUGAAGUUAGGACGUGUGUCUUGACUGGAGACCAGGAGGCCAGAAAUCAAAUUAUUAAGGACAAUAUCAGUAAUUGUCAAUUUGAUGUUCUCAUUUCCUCGUACGAGAUAGUCAUUAGAGAAAAGGCAGUACUGAGAAAAAUCAACUGGCAAUAUAUUGUUGUUGAUGAAGCGCAUAGAUUGAAAAAUGAAGAUUCUUUAUUGUCGCAGAUUAUUAGGAUGUUUCAUUCUAAAAACAGAUUGUUGAUUACCGGUACUCCAUUACAAAAUAAUUUGCAUGAAUUAUGGGCGUUAUUGAAUUUCCUUCUUCCUGAUGUUUUCUCGGAUUCUAGCACAUUUGAUGAGUGGUUUUCCAAUGAUGAAACUGGUAGUGAUUCUAACGAGUCAACAAACGACCAAGAUAAAGUUGUUCAGCAAUUACAUCAAGUCUUAAAACCGUUUUUACUCAGACGUAUUAAAAACGAGGUGGAAAAAUCUCUACUACCAAAACAGGAAUUAAAUGUUUAUGUUGGUAUGACGCCGAUGCAAAGGAAAUGGUAUCAGUCAAUUCUUGAAAAAGAUAUCGAUGCGGUCAAUGGUGCAAACAAGAAGGAGUCAAAAACUAGGUUGCUUAACAUUGUUAUGCAAUUAAGAAAGUGUUGUAACCAUCCUUAUUUAUUUGAUGGGGCGGAGCCGGGUCCACCAUACACUACCGAUGAACACUUGGUCUAUAAUUCACAAAAGAUGCUCGUCUUAGAUAAAUUAUUGAAAAGGCUCGGUGAACAAGGCUCAAGAGUUUUGAUUUUUUCGCAAAUGAGUCGUAUGUUGGAUAUCUUGGAAGACUAUUGUGUCUUCCGUAAUUUUGGGUACUGUAGGAUCGAUGGCCAAACUGAGCAUACGGAGAGAAUAGUUGCAAUUGACGAAUACAACAAGCCAGAUAGUGAUAAGUUUGUAUUCUUGUUGACUACAAGAGCGGGUGGUUUAGGAAUUAAUCUAACCAGUGCAGAUGUUGUCGUUUUAUAUGAUUCUGACUGGAAUCCGCAAGCUGACUUGCAAGCGAUGGAUAGAGCACAUAGAAUUGGCCAAAAGAAACAGGUUAAAGUCUUCCGUUUUGUGACAGAAAAUGCAAUUGAAGAGAAAGUUUUGGAAAGGGCUUCCCAAAAGUUAAGAUUAGAUCAGCUAGUUAUCCAACAAGGCAGAACUGGUUUGAAUGCAGGUCAAGAAAAGAAAUCUGUUGCAAGUAAUAAAGAUGAAUUAUUAAACAUGAUUCAGCAUGGAGCAGCAGACAUGCUUAUGAGUGCACAAAUCAAGGAAGAAGGAAAUGAGAAGCACGAGAUUGACGAUGACGAGUUGGAGAAGAUUUUAAUGAAAUCACAAGAAAAAACCGGGGAGUUGAAGAGUAAAUUUUCCAAGCUUGGUUUAGAUGACUUGCAAAACUUUAGCAGCAACAACGAUUCUGUCUACGAAUGGAAUGGGAAGAACUUUCAGAAGAAAGAAGUAAAGGGUUUGGCAGGAGUCGAUGGAGAGGCCUUUAACUGGAUCUCAUUGGCGAAAAGGGAAAGAAAGGGAAAUUAUUCUGUCGAUGGGUACUACCGUGAAGUUUUACAAACCGGUGGUAGACAAACUAACCUUAACAGCAAUGGAAGUCACCAGGGCACGGGUGAUGAAAACGAACUCAGACAACCGAAACAUAUGAAUUUGUAUGAUCAUCAGUUUUAUCCGGAAGAAUUGCAUUAUUUGUACGAAUUAGAAUGGGCCUAUUAUAAAAGGGUUUAUAAGAUCAAGGCCAAAGCUGAAAAAAAUAAAAGUAAUGAAGAUCUUCAAUUAGAGCAGGCUUUUAUUGACCAUGCAAGGCCAUUGAGCGAGGAGGAGAAACAACUGAAGAAGGAGUAUUUGGCUCAAGGAUAUGGCAAUUUCUCAAGACGUGAUUUCUUCAGCUUUAUCAGUGCCAAUGUCAAGCACGGUAGGUAUGAUAUUGCUAGUAUUGCUAAAGAAAUGCCAGAGAAAACAUACGAAGAGGUUAAGAAAUAUGCUGAAAAAUUCUGGGAGAGUUUCAGAGACAUUGAAAAUUAUGAACGUUAUAUUGGACAGAUUGAGGCCGGUGAGGAUAAGUUGCGUAAGAUGAAUGUUCAGCGGGAAGUUUUAAGAUGGAAAGUUGCAAGCUACGAUUAUCCAAUGAGGGAUAUGGAGAUCAAGGUUCCAUACACCACCAUUGCCAAAAGAGAAUGGAGUGAGGUUGAAGAUCGGUGGUUGGUAAUCCAGAUGUUGCGACUAGGUAUUGACAGAGAAGACAUUUACGAGCAGAUCUUCAAUGAAAUCCAAUACGGGAACGAUCCUGUUAUUGAAAUGAACUUUUGGUUACAAAGUCGAAGUGCACAAGAGAUUGGCCGUAGAUGUCAAACACUUCUUGGCUCCAUUGUGCGAGAGCACGAGGCCGGAAGCAAAAAGAGAGGCCGUACUACAGGUACCGGAAAGGGUAAAAGCAGUGGAGGUGCUAGAGGAGGGACUAAAAGCCGCAAAAAACGUCAUGUGUAA